AUGCCCCCAGAUCUGUUCUCCUGACCCUCUCUCCCGACACAUUCUCUCCUGGAGCGAGUUCUCUAUCCCUCAGAUGUACAGUGGGGUCUAGUAAUCCUCCAGUUACAAGUUACAGGUGGCACCAGACGAGGUAUGGAUCAUCCCAGACGACUGGAACACGGACGUCUACACGCAAGAUCAACCAACUAACUAAAGACACAGACUACUGGUGUGAAGCCAUCAAUUCAGUUGGACCAACGACCUCCGAGAAAACCAAGCUGCCCGUUUACGGGGGCUACGGCUGGGCGGUGUGGACCCCCGUCUCCGUCCGAGCCCACGUUGGGAGUUGCGUGAUCAUCCCGUGUCGCUUCCGUGUUCCCAGGACAGCGAGUGCUCCCUGGAUCGGCAUUUGGCUGAAAGACCACAACUUCAGUGGGACACGUGUGUACUCCACCUCAGGCGAGAGUGGGGCCGAUUAUAAACGACGGGUGCACUUUCUGGGUAGCAUGGAAGAUCAAAACUGUUCAUUGAAGAUCCAGAACCUAGGAUUGUCAGAUAGUGGGAAAUAUUUCUUCCGCCUUGAAGGCCCAGAUAAAUGGUCGGAUCCCAUCGGCGUAAAUCUCCUAGUGUCAGGAGAGCCGGAAGCACCGGAGAUCAGCGACCCAGGACAGGUGGUGGAGGGGACGUCGGUGUCUCUGACCUGCUCCCUGCACAGUUACUGCGCAGACGACGUUCCUCUCCUCCUCUGGCAGCCCCCUCCCCACCUCCCUGCCGUGCCCCGCAUCAUUUACCGGGACCAGCACUGGAUCCACUCCAGCGAGGUGGAGUUCAUGCCCAGCUCCGACGAAAGACAGCGGGCGGUUUCGUGUGAGGCGACGUUCGCAAUCGGGACCUCUUCCGUCCGAACAGUGAGAGCGCUGAACGUCAAGUACCCACCGCGAAAUGUCACGGUCUCGCUGAGAGUAAACGGGUGGAUAAACCGCAGUUUGAGUGAAGGGGACAGAGUUCUUCUCAGCUGUAGUUCAACUUCAGCGGAUCCACCAGUCCAGAGCUACACCUGGUACAGAAACGGAGUGGAAAUCUACGGGAAAAACAGUCACGAUCUCGAGUUUCCAUCCAUAUCCUACGUGGAUUUUGGGAAGUACGCGUGCCAAGCCUCCAACGCAGUGGGAAGCAGCCGAACUGAGGAAGUCACAGUGACCGGCAAGCAUAAGCCCCAGGGUGUUCACAUUGAGUCCCGUGUCAAUGGUGUGGAGGUCGGUGGGACGGUGAACGUGAAGAUGAAUGACCGGCUGAGUCUGGCGUGUGUUAGCCGUGUGAGUGAUCCACCCGUGAACAGCUACUCCUGGAAACGCAAUGGCUUUGUGUCCGGCCAGCGGGACCAGACGCUGGUGUUUGACAGAAUUACCCCACAACAAGACGGUCGGUAUCUCUGUACAUCGGGGAACGGGAUUGGAACUGUGAGCUCGGAGACCAUCACUGUUAAUGUCCAGUACGCUCCCAUCAAUGUGAGGACGACAGCUCCCACAGCCCCUCCUGCUGGUGAAUACAUCACACUGCGGUGUGAAGCACAGGCCAACCCUGCAGUCAACUCUUACAGCUGGAGAAAGCUCUGCGGCUCUCAGUCUACAGAUCUGUGGGGAUAUGGUGUGGAAUACAGACUGAGGGCCACAGUGGGGGUCGGGACCUGUGAUUAUUUCUGCACACCGAGGAAUUAUCUCGGAUUAAAGCAGUCCUCAGCUCAACACAUCAAUGUCCAGUGUAAGUAACACAUCUCCAAGUUUAGAGACAUAGAAAAAUAGGUGCAGGAGUAGACCAUUCGGCCCGUCGAGCCUGCACCACCAUUCAAUAUGAUCACGGCUGAUCAUCCAGAAUCAGUAACCCAUUCUUGCUUUCUCCGCAUAUCCCGUGAUCCCGUUAGCCAUAAGAGCUAAAUCUAACUCUCUUGAAAACAUCCAGUGAAUCGGCCUCCACUGCCUUCUAGAAACAUCGAAAAUAGGUGCAGGAGGAGGCCAUUCGGCCCUUCGAGCCAGCACCAUUGUCAUCACGGUUGAUCAUCCCCUAUCAAUAACCCGUGCCUGCCUUCUUCCCAUAUCCCUUGACUCCACUAGCCCCUAGAGUAUCUAACGCUCUCUUAAAUCCAUCCAGUGACUUGGCCUCCACUGCCCUCUGUGGCAGGGAAUUCCAUAAAUUCACAACUCUCUGGAUUUAAAAGUUUUUUCUCACCUCUGUCUUAAAUGGCCUCCCCUUUAUUCUAAGACUGUGGCCCCUGGUUCUGGACUCGCCCAACAUUGGGAACAUUUUUCUUGCAUCUGGCUUGUCCAGUCAUUUUAUAAUUUUAUAUGUUUCUAUAAGAUUACCCCCUCAUCCUUCUAAACUCCAGUGAAUACAAGCCGAGAUUUUUUUUAUCUUUCCUCAUAUGACAGUCCCGCCACCCCAGGGAUCAAUCUCGUGAACCUACGCUGCACUGCCUCAAUCACAAGGAUGCCCUUCCUCAAAUUAGGGGCCCAAAACUGUACACAAUACUCCAGAUGUGGUUUUCUGUGGCAGAGAAUUCCACAGAUUCACAACUCUGUGGGUGGAAAAGGUUUUUCCUCAUCUCAGUUCUAAAUGGCCGACCCCUUAUUCUUAAACUGUGUGACGUGUGUGUGUAGAGGGAGCUCCACUGUGUGUAUGAGUGUCUGACACUGGGAAUGUUUCUACCUGUAGACGCUCCCAUCAAUGUGAGGAUCACAGCUCCAACAGCCCUCUCCUGCUGGUGAAUACACCACACUGCGGUGUGAAUCACAGGCCAACCCUGUAGUGAACACUUACAGCUGGAGAAAGCUCUGUGGCUCUCAGUCUACAGAUCUGCGGACAUAUGGUGUGGAAUACAGACUGAGGGCCACAGUAGAGGUCGGGACCUGCGACUAUUUCUGCACAGCGAGGAACUAUCUCGGUUUAAAGGAGUCCCCAGCUCAACGCAUCAAUGUCCAGUGGAGUAAACAGAGGAAGAUAAUUGCGGGCGUGACGCCGAUCCUCGUCUUGCUUAUUUUAAUCAUACCGCUGGUCUUCUACAUCAGACACAGGAGGAAGAAGGUGGAUUCUCAGAGCGCCUUUAACACUGAUGCCACGAACGUUGUCUACAGUGUGGUGAAGAAAACCAGGAAG